AAGAGGAGACCUUCGAGGAGCAGGAGGACUUGAACACAACUCGUAACGGAGGUGGUCAUCAACAACAUCGAGAUCGAAGUAGGACUGGCAAUCAGGCGCAGCCUCGCUAUGAGGCGGAAGAUGAUGAGGACCCUGCUGAAGAUGCCGAAGCUCCACAAGAUGACGAAACUCCAACCAAGAAGGCUGCAGAUGAUCGUGCUAGAGGUGGAGAAAAUAGAAGGGCACGAGGACCCAAGUCGAACAACACUGCUGCCACCUCUAAGAGUCUUCUAAAGAACUACAGAGGACAGGAAGAUACAGGUAAAGCAAAGGCGUUUGUUCGUGCGCCCGUUUCAUCUCGUGUUCAAGAAAACCAACAACAACAGCAUACUACUGCUAGUACCUCUAAAGCGAAUCGUCUUCACGGUCAACAAGCACAGCGAGGACCACGAAGGAGGGCAAGAGAUGAGGAGGAAAAUCAAUCGUCUGAUGAUUCAUCUGGGGCAGAGGCAGAGGCUGAGGAAGACGUUCUUGCCAAAAAAGCUGAUGAAAGUGACGUUGAUGAGGACCAACAAGACGCAGAAGACGACACAGGAAGACGAGCUCACAACAAGCGCAAGCGUGGCGCAGCUAAGGCGACAGAAGAAGUGGAACAAAGACAGCGCAAAACGCUAAAAGCGAAUGCUAGUGCUAUCACAAAAACGUCCAAUCCCAAUGUCGCACUGAAUCAGAACAAGACGUCCAGCAAAGCUGAGCAGAAGCAGGCAGAAUUAGCGCGUAAGGAGCAUAAACGACGCCGACGCCGUGAUUAUGAGGAGGAGGACGAAGAGGAAGAUGAUGAGAGCAGUUCAGGUGGUAGCUAUACCUCGUCUACCAGCUCUGAGGAGGAGCGCAGACAGCGCCGAAAGCGUAGACAGAAACGCAGACGCGAGAGGGCAGCAAGGAAGGCUGCUGAAGAGGCAGCUCAGGCAGGUGGAGACACCGCUGCAUCGCAAUCUGGUGCAGGCGAGGAUGCUCACCUACCUGCAACUAGGGGUGGAGGUGGUACUAAGGCUUCUUCCAACAAGAUG